AUGUCGAACAACAUUGUCGGUGAUCUCUACGCUCACAUCAUCAAAGAAACAAUCGAUUCCUCCCGUACAGACUUUGAAGAAUAUGGCAUGGAUGACACGACGCUACAAGAACUCAUGUCCUCAUGGCAACACAAACUGACGCAGCAAGGCGUUGCGCACUUUCCCUGGGAUCCAGCACCGGCACCCGUACCUAUGCCACAAAUCCCACAAUAUGGUGGGCUGCCGCAGGAUCCGAUGGGAGGACAUCAACGUCAACAUCAUAUGCAGAUAAAGUCUGAUCCGUUAGCACUACCUGGAGACCCAAACGCUGGACUCCAAUUACCAGGCGGAAACGGAAACGGAGGAGGUGUUUAUAUCAAAUCAGACCCUGAUGCAGUACCAGGGCAGUCUGUGUUUGAUUCGCAGAACCCUGGUGGUGUGGGUGGUGUUGGAGGAGCGGGGUUGGCGGCUAUGCGGGCGGCGCAGCAUAUCCAGUCCAUGUCUGGUUCGCGGACGAGUACGGCGUCGCCUGGGUUAAUGCUUCCUCAGCACGAUGGUCCGGCCCCUCUACCUCCGACUCGUUCUGUUGUAUCUAUCCCUGCGGCUGCGGCUGCGUCUACGCUGCGUAUGCCCCAACACGACGGACCCCCCGCAGAUUUCGACCACCUCGGCAUUCCCCAACCCCAAAUCAUCAAACCGCCCACCUCCACCUCCGACGACGAAGACGCCAUCAACUCCGACCUCGACGACUCCGAUGACGGUGGCGUUAACUCUGACGGCGAAAACGCUGACGACGAUGAGAAUGCUCAAACGCUGUGGUGCCAAUACGAAAAGGUGCAGAGGACGAAGAAUAAGUGGAAGUGUGUUUUGAAGGAUGGGGUUGUUACCAUUGAUGGGAAGGAGUAUGUGUUUGGGAGGGGGGCUGGGGAGUUUGAGUGGUGA